AUUGCUCAUCCUUGUUCCCGACGCUCAGUUGUCUCAGACCUCUCUGUCAUUCUACUCAGUCCUCAGUUCCCUGUUUUCAUUCUUUAUCAUCACUCCAUUCAGCCAGUUCAGUCUGGUCGCUCUGUGCUUCUUGUGUUGUACCGUUGCUGGGGGAUGCUCCCGCUCGAGACGCUCGUUGGUCUGCUCGCGACGCUCGUGCAGCGGGGUGACUUGGCAGCACUCUCAGCGCAUCUGAGCACGACACUCCCGCGCGUGAUUGCUCAGCACCGCAGUGGCGAUGGCACGACUGCACAGUCAUCGCAGUCACAGUCACAGUCACAGUCGCAGCCGCAGCCGCAGACAUCGCGCGAGGCAGCCAUCACGCAGGCAGUGCUCGACACGCUGCUGAUUGCUGCGGCGAGCGCAAACCAGCUCGACGCGACUCGGCUGCUCCUCGGCCUCGGAGCAAACGGAGCAGUCCCAUACUGCGACGCACAAGCAAUACUGAAAUCAACAUCUGCAAGUCCAAUAUCGAGCUCUUUGGCGGAUGGAAAUCUGGCCGCUUCGACGUUGACGGCCAUUCACUCGGCCGUUCCAUUCCCGCCAAUUCUGAGCGCAAUUCUCAACCAUGUGCCGUCAGAAGGGGUCAAGUCUAGUGGUAGUAACACGCGUCAUGACUCAAUGUCCGAUUCGGGCUCUGCGUCCAGGACCAAACGCGCGGUCGUCGCGGCGCUGCGCCAGGCGGAAGACGCCUCGCUCCGUCCGAGUUCGCCGGCACUGUGUCCUCUCGCGCUGGCGGCUGGACAAGGUCGUGUAGAAAGCGUCCUGUUGCUGCUUGCUGCUGGUGCAUCCACGUCGCGGGGUGACACACAGCGGCGGUUUUCGCCCUUGCUCCUCGCAGUUCAGGAAGGUCACGUCGAAGUGGCUCGACUACUAUUGCAGCACCCACAUUGCAACCCAAAUCUGCGGAAUAGUCGGGAUUACACGGCGUUGCACUUUGCCGCUCGGUUUAACAGUCAUGCCAUUGCACGGUUACUUUUGGUGCAUCCGGCGCUUUCGUCCCAGGAGCUGCUUUCGCGGGACGGGACCUCUCCGCUCCAUGUCGCUGCUGCGCUCGGCAGCAUUGAUGUCUUGGAACUGCUCAUCGAGCAUGGUGUCGAUGUGAAUCAGAAAGAUGGCACAAUUGAGCAGACCGCCUUGCAUUAUGCCGCUGCGUCCGCUUCGCCCGUUGCGGCAUCGGCAUGCAUUCCCGCGCUGCUUCGUCGUGAGGCUGAUGUGAACGCCACUACGUGCUCUGGUCAGACACCAUUGCACAUUGCCGCCAGACUUGGGCGCGUGGCCGCUGUGCAAGCGCUGUUGGAAUACGACUGCAACAGCUCGCUCGUUGACGCGAGUGGGAACACGCCUCUUCAUUUGGCCUGCAUGUAUGGGCACCACACCGCCGUAAAUACUCUUCUCAACGACACCAAGACGCGAGAGCAACAUGCCAAUGAUCCAAGUCUGCCGUGUCCCCUGGCCACGUUCAAUGCGGCAGGCUUCUUGCCUCUGCAUGUCUGUUGCUACAGUGGUUAUGCAGAUUGCUUGCAGGCCGUUACGAAAGUGUACAAGCUGCUGGAUGUACGCGGUCGAGAUGAACUUCGCUCCACCCCGCUCCAUAUCGCAGCAGAGAUGGGACAUGCUUUUUGCGUACAAGCGUUGCUGAGUCGCGGAGCGCUACUGGAUGCCAAGGAUCGUACUGGUGCGACACCGCGUGAUCGAGCCGAGCGCCAGGGCCAUUUCGAGUGCAUCGUGGCACUCGUCGAGAUGGAGCCACAAGCUCGGCGCCAGUAUGCCAUUCGCGUGCAGUCGCGCAAAUCGAAAAGAUUGCUCGUGAAUUCGGCCGCUGACUCGCUGGCGCGGCUCGCGUUAGAGCCUGCUGCAGUGGUGGUCACGUCGUUGACGACUACUGCUGAUUCUGUGGAGGAGCAGAAGGAGCACGACGCUGCUGGAGCUUCUGAAGAUGAGGACGACGACAAGAUGGAAAUGACCGACAACCCCGUUCUUGAAAGUUCAGUAGCGGGUGCAGAGCAUGUGUUUGGCAAAGUUUCUUUUGACGAAACAAAACUCAUGGAUUGGUGCAGCCAGCCAAAGUCCAAAACAUUCGUUGGACGGUACGAGCAGCGACGCGUCGCCAUUCGGCGUUUUGAGGCGGAUUUGGCCCAAUUUGCACAAUCCGAAGUGGAUUUGUUUUUGCGAGUUUCGGAAACUACCAUUCACGCCAACAUUCUCACCUACUUUGGUCAAGAAAUCGACGCGAAAACCGGUGAUGUGUUCAUCGCAAUGGAGCUGUUUGCCAUUCCGCUGAGGCUCUUGUUCCUUUCCGUACCUUCGUACGAAAGCUACCACGCGCAAGAUCCUUUACUGCAGUCGGAGGCUGUUAUGACCGUGUCAAGGCAGCUGCUAGCAAGACCCGAUGCGACCUGCUUCCUUCUCAGGUUUGUGCGCCAAAUCGCUUCGGCCGUCUCAUUCCUCCAUGGAAUGAACAUUAUCCACGGAAGCUUGUCUCCCGACUCUAUCGUUCUGACCGGAUCGAACAGCGUCAAAGUCUCGGCGUUCCAUGCAACUCCGACCAGUCGCACGACCGAAAAUGCUGGACUACAUUCAUUUAUAGCCCCAGAACUGCAAAGUCCAAGCGAUGCCCUUCCGUCCCCUGCUUCGGACAUGUACUCUAUGGGUGCUUUGGUGUUCUUUUUGCUUUCUCGUGGUCGAUGCUUUCAUGCCACCUCCAGCUGGCCGACUCGCAUUGAGAAAUGCCUGGGCACUACCAACCUGCACGAAGUUCGUCAUUUGAUUGACGCAAUGACCGCUCAAGCACAGUCGAACAGACCAACAAUUUUGCAAGCCCUGCAACACCCGUUCUUCUGGAAGGAAGAGCAGCGCAUGCAAUUUCUGGAAGAGUGCAGCGAGCCUUCCCCACAAAUGCACGAGCAGCUCGUUCGUGCAAAUGAAGCCAUCUGCCGUCAACUGUCCACGUCCAAUCCCAGCAGCACUCCACCAGCAUCGACCACGAUCGAUUGGAUGAGUCGAUUCCCUCCUGCCGUGUUGGCCAACUUGAAACGGCACCGCAAUUACAAGUCGAACGGGCUCGUCGAUGUCCUUCGAGCCGUGCGCAACUUGUACCACCACUUUCAGGAACAACCCGAAGAGUCACGGGCCAGCAUUCUGGCCACUGCUGCCUCUGUCCAGAUAGGCUUGUUUUCAAGUGAAGCAGCAGGAGACGAUGAGGAGAGUCUGUCAGCGGCAAUCGGACUGAGCCUUGGCACACGUCGCACCACCAUGCUCUGCUUUGUGAGCGCCCUGUUCCCUGAGGUUAUUCCUGCAAUUGUUAACGCUUCAGCGUAGCCAUUGACUUGGUGCGUCAACUGAACGUCUGUUUUUUUUUUCCCUUCGCAUGUCAGAUUUUCGUUUUUGUAUUUAUUGCGCUCCGCUUCUGUACUGUAUCAAUUCAACUCUAAUCGCCGAA